CUAUAAAACUCUUACAAAACAUAGGCAGAACACACAUAGGCAGAACACUGACAUAAAUGUUAGCAAUGUUUGUUUGAAUCUGUUUCCUAAGGCAGAGGAAACAAAAGGAAACAAACAAACGGAAGCUGUUUAAACCUGAAAGAUUCUGCUCAGCAAAGAAAACCAUUGACAAAAUGAAACAACGUACUGAAUGGGAGAAAAUAUUUGCAAAUAAUAUGACUGAUAAGGGUUAACAUCCAAAAUAUAACAGUUCAUUAUCAAAAGACCCACACAAUCCAAUUUAAAAAUGAGUGACGGAUCUGAAUAGACAGUUUUUCAAAGAAGACACAGGUGGCCAACAGGCACAUGAAAAGAUGCUCAGCGUCAUUCAUCAUCAGAGAAAUGCAAAUCGGAGCCCCAGUGGGGGAUCACCUCUCAUCUGUCAGAAUGGCUGUCAUCAGGAGGUCUCCAGAUGGCACGCGGUGGUGAGGAACUGGGGAAAAGAGGACCCUCCUCCACUGCUGACGGGAGUGUAAAUCAGCGCGGCCACUGUGCAGAACGACACGGCGGCGUCUCAGACCUAAAAGCAGAGCUAGCACGUGAGGCAGCACUGCCACUGCUGGGUCCCCUUCUGAGAAAACAAAACCACGCGUGUGAAAAGACACACACACCACAGUGUCCACUGCAGCGUUACUACAACAGCCGAAACACGGAAGCAACCGAAGUGUUCAUCCACAGCGAUCUCUGAAGAGAAGAUGGGGAAAGGCUGCAAGGUGGUGGUCUGUGGCUUGCUAUCUGUGGGGAAGACGGCGAUUUUGGAGCAGCUCCUUUAUGGGAAUCAUACUAUUGGACUGGGGGACUGCGAGACGCUGGAGGAUGUGUACAUGGCAUCGGUGGAGACGGACCGAGGCGUCAAGGAGCAGCUGCACCUCUAUGACACCCGAGGCCUGCAGGAAGGCGUGGAGCUGCCCAAGCACUACUUCUCAUUUGCCGACGGCUUUGUUCUUGUGUACAGCGUGAACAACCUGGAAUCCUUUCAAAGAGUGGAGCUUCUGAAGAAGGAAAUUGAUAAGUUCAAAGAUAAAAAAGAGGUGGCGAUCGUUGUUCUAGGGAACAAGAUCGACCUUUCUGAGCAGAGACAGGUGGACGCCGAGGUGGCACAGCAGUGGGCCAGGAGCGAGAAGGUGCGCCUGUGGGAGGUGACGGUCACCGACCGCAAGACCCUCAUUGAGCCCUUCACCCUGCUGGCCAGCAAGCUCUCGCAGCCCCAGAGCAAAUCCAGCUUCCCUCUGCCCGGCAGGAAGAACAAAGGGAACUCGAGCUCGGAGAACUAGGACUUGAGGCCGCCAGCGUCCUUCAGUCGGGACUGCCUCUAGGUACCUGUGAACGUGUUCAAGCCAGGCCGUUUGUGUCUGCCUUGGUCCUUAGGAAGCCUCUGAUGCACUUUCAGUUAUCAUCAAGUUACUUGGGCUAAGUUGUAUUGCCUGAUUUGAAAUCAUGUAUUUGCACCCUCAUUGUUUGAAACUUGUCCCUGAAUUGAGCACCUGUGCCAUUACAUCACGUUGUACUUGAAUAAAGCUUGGCUGUAUGCAGAGGACCCGAGUAGCUCUGCUCACCUUUAACCUUUCUCAGAA